AGCUGUUAUAUGCAAAAUAAUUGCAGUUCAAAAUCAAUACACACUUUCUGUUAAAUUAAUACUCGUUGCAUCACAUAUAAGCGUAAUAAAUAAGUAACUUUGUUCGCAAAACCAUCAGAAGAUUAUUAUUUCAGUUGUUUCCUGCAAAGUUAAGUUAAAAAAUCUCGUAUUUGCCACAGUUAUGUAGUGUCAACAGCUUGCAACGCUUGACUGCAUCAGUUAGCCGGAAACGUUAAUUUCGGCCGCGGCAUUGAGUUGAAAUGUGUUAAGAUGGACUUAUCCCCGGACGAGGAUCAGUUUCAAGGCCGCCUACUUCACCAGGCAGCUCUCUGGGACAACGAGGAGCUCCUGCUGUCCCUGCUGGCCGGCGGCGCGGACCCGGACGCCCGCGACGCGCGCGCGCGCUGCGCGCUGCACGCGGCCGCGCUCGCCGAGCGCUCGCGCUGUCUGCGCGCGCUCGUCGCCGCCGGCGCCACUGUCGACGCGACCGAAGACACGGCUACAGGGGGCAAGACGGCGCUCCAUAUAGCGGCUGAACGCGGUCACGCAGAGAACGUCAGGGCUCUGCUAGCGGCCGGGGCUUCGCUGGCGGCCCGCGACGCGGCCGGCGCAACGCCCCUGCAGCUGGCGGAGCGCGCGGGGCAUCGCCAGGCGGCCAGGGAGCUGAGAAAUGCGAGCCGGGCUCCGCUGGCGGCCCGCGACGCGGCCGGCGCAACGCCCCUGCAGCUGGCGGAGCGCGCGGGGCAUCGCCAGGCGGCCAGGGAGCUGAGAAAUGCGAGCCGGGCUCCGCUGGCGGCCCGCGACGCGGCCGGCGCAACGCCCCUGCAGCUAGCGGAGCGCGCGGGGCAUCGCCAGGCGGCCAGGGAGCUGAGAAAUGCGAGCCGGGCUCCGCUGGCGGCCCGCGACGCGGCCGGCGCAACGCCCCUGCAGCUAGCGGAGCGCGCGGGGCAUCGCCAGGCGGCCAGGGAGCUGAGAAAUGCGAGCCGGGCUCCGCUGGCGGUCCGCGACGCGGCCGGCGCAACGCCCCUGCAGCUAGCGGAGCGCGCGGGGCAUCGCCAGGCGGCCAGGGAGCUGAGAAAUGCGAGCCGGGCUCCGCUGGCGGCCCGCGACGCGGCCGGCGCAACGCCCCUGCAGCUAGCGGAGCGCGCGGGGCAUCGCCAGGCGGCCAGGGAGCUGAGAAAUGCGAGCCGGGCUCCGCUGGCGGCCCGCGACGCGGCCGGCGCAACGCCCCUGCAGCUAGCGGAGCGCGCGGGGCAUCGCCAGGCGGCCAGGGAGCUGAGAAAUGCGAGCCGUGAGUCAUGUAACUCGUGUAGGGGCUCCGCUGGCGGCCCGCGACGCGGCCGGCGCAACGCCCCUGCAGCUAGCGGAGCGCGCGGGGCAUCGCCAGGCGGCCAGGGAGCUGCGGAACGCGAGCGGUGA